AUGAGGUUUGGACGGGUUUUAAGUGUGCUAUUCGUGAUAUGUGCGGGGCUUGUUCAAGCGUUAGCCGACCAGGAGUCAAGAGUCGUGCAGAUCACAUCGGGCGCUGUACGCGGCUACAAGGAAGAUGACCUCUUCAUAUUCUAUUCAAUCCCAUACGCGACCGCGCCUACCGGCAGGAACAAGUUCAAGGCUCCACUCCCGGCACCGAUGUGGCUGGAUACAUUCGAAGCUGUAGAUAAACAUAUUGUGUGCCAUCAAUCUGUCAUAUUUCCCCUUCCACAAACAAGUAUCUAUCAAGAGGACUGCCUUAUCGUAAACGUGUACGUUCCUGAUACAGAACAAACUAAAUUACCAGUUGUGGUCUACGUGCAUGGUGGAGGAUACCAGGUGGGGCAUGGGAAUUUUUUGACACCAAAAGCCUUGGUUAAAAGUAAAAAAGUCAUCGCUAUCACAUUCAACUACCGACUUGGAGUGCACGGUUUUCUCUGUUUGGGUACAGAAGACGUACCUGGCAACGCCGGAAUGAAAGACCAAGUAGCGCUACUGCGCUGGGUACAGAAAAAUAUCGCUAAAUUCGGUGGCAACCCUAAUGAGGUAACCAUCGCCGGAUACAGCGCCGGCUCCUCCGCAGUUGAUCUACUCAUGCUUUCGAAGUCCACAAAAGGAUUAUUCAAUAAAGUAAUUCCGGAAAGUGGUGCCAACGUCGCAGUAUGGUCGGUGCAAAUAAACCCUCUAAAAAACGCCAAGGAAUUUGCAAAGACUCAAAACUUCACAGACAUAGACAACUUAUACGCGCUUGAAGAAUUUUACAAAAGUGCCUCGUUUGAGGUGUUAACGUCGGAUAAUUUUGCAACUAGACCUGACUCGACCUUUAUGUUCGUUCCAUGUGUCGAACGCCAUACUAACACACACAUAUUACUCGAUGAUGCACCCGUAAAUAUAUUGAAAAGUGGAAAAUAUAAUAAAGUUCCAUUAUUGUAUGGAUUUGCAAAUAUGGAGGGUCUGCUUCGAGUACAAACGGGUUACGAUUUGUUUAAAGAUAAAAUGAAUUCCAAGUUCUCCGAUUUCCUACCAGCUGAUUUAGAAUUUGAAAGUGAUGCACAAAAAGAGGAAGUAGCAAAACAAGUAAAGGAAUUCUACUUUGGAGACAAAGCUAUUGGUGACAAAACCAUAUUGGCAUAUAUAGAUUACUUCUCUGAUGUUAUGUUUGCAUAUCCAACUUUAAGAGCCGUAAAAUAUCACGCAGAGGCAGGCAACGAUCAAGUGUACCUCUAUGAAUACUCUUUUCCUGAGGAGCAAUUAUUACCUAAAUCAAUACAAACACAAAUUAAGGGUGCAAAUCAUUGUGCUCAAACAAUAGCCGUAAUGGACCCAGUUACUAUAAGCGAUUUGUUACCACCUCAAAAUCCUAGCGAGGAUUUAUUAAAUUUGAAAAAAGUUACUCGAGAACUGUGGCUCAACUUCAUUGCUACGGGCAAGCCAGUGUCAUCUGAGAGCCCCCUGCCCUCUUGGCCACCGGCCGACGCGUUAGGUGCGCCUUUCAUGUCUCUGACGAUGCCGGCAAAGUUGAUCGACGGCCCGUUACUGGAGAACCGCAGGCGCUUCUGGGACGAUAUCUACGAUAAGCACUACCGCGCCCCUAUUUCACCGCCCCCACCACCACCCUCUACGACACACUCAGAAUUGUGAUAGAGAACGAAUUUUGGAUUACCUGUAUGUUGUACCAAUCAGUAUAGCUGAGUUAUUUUUCUCUACCUAAUUUCGGUGGCAAUUUUUAAUAUUUAAAUAUUCUAAAAUAUUAUCAUGAAGC